AUGAAGAAGUUCCAGAAGGACUUGGAAAGACUUAGCGCAAGAGACCAGAGGCUGUCGGCCAGCAUGACCUCCGCUUGGUUGCCUUUGUUCCUCCUCUUCUUUGUGACUCUCAAUGCAAGGUAUGCGGCGUCCGAAUACGAGGACUACGAGGACGUGACGGUCCACCCGAUGUUGUCAUCCAAAUCUCAGCAGUCGGACGCUACAAAAAUCCUCAACGGGCUCCUCAAGGAUUACGACCACAAGCUCAGGCCCGACAUUGGAGUGAAACCAACGGUCAUCGACGUGGACAUUUUUGUCAACAGCAUCGGACCCGUGUCCUCCAUUAAUAUGGAAUACCAAAUCGACAUCAUCUUUGCGCAGACGUGGACCGACAGCCGUCUGCGCUACAACAGCACCGUGAAGAUCUUGACGCUCAACAGCAACAUGGUGGGCCUCAUCUGGCUGCCCGACACCAUUUUCAGGAACUCCAAGAAUGCCGACGCCCACUGGAUCACCAUGCCCAAUCAGCUGCUCAGAAUAUGGAACGACGGCAAGAUACUUUACACCUUGAGACUGACCAUAAACGCCGAGUGCCAGCUGCAGCUGCACAACUUUCCCAUGGACGAACACUCGUGUCCGCUUAUCUUCUCCAGCUACGGGUACCCGCGAGACGAGAUGGUCUACAAGUGGCGGAGGAACUCGGUGGAGGCGGCGGACCAAAAGUCUUGGCGCCUCUACCAAUUUGACUUCAUGGGUCUCAGGAACACCACCGACAUCAUCAAGACCACAGCAGGCGACUACAUGGUGAUGACGGUGUACUUUGACCUGAGGAGGCGAAUGGGCUACUUCACCAUCCAGACGUACAUCCCCUGCAUCCUCACCGUGGUCCUGUCCUGGGUCUCCUUCUGGAUCAAGAAGGAUGCCACACCAGCCAGGACCGCUUUGGGCAUCACGACGGUGCUGACGAUGACCACGCUGAGUACGGUGGCGAGGACGUCUCUGCCGCGCGUGUCCUACGUGACGGCCAUGGACCUUUUCGUCACCGUCUGCUUCCUGUUCGUCUUCGCCGCCCUGAUGGAAUACGCCACCCUCAACUAUUACUCCAGCUGCACCCGCACGCCAACCUGCAUGGACCGGAAACGCCAUAACUACUCGGUCCUGGACGCCAGGCGGCCUCCUCACACGGUGGUGGCCCUGAACAACGCCACCUACUGGCAAGACUUGGACGACACGUGCGCAUCGCAGUGUCUGGACGGCAAAGACUGCGGCGCCUUCUUCUGUUGCUACGACGACUGCAGAGACGGCGCGUGGCGGAGGGGCCGCGUCCACGUUGACCUGCUGGACCUGGACGCCUACUCCAGGGUCUUUUUCCCCACCUCCUUCCUCCUGUUCAACGUGGUCUACUGGGUGGGCUAUCUCUACCUUUAGCGUUGCCUGAUCGUGACAUCAGACAGGCUUCGAAAGAUGGGCGUCCCAGAGACAGGAACAAUUACAACACGUCCCUGUUGAGCUGUGUGCGCCAAGCUAGUAGGGGCAAAGGCGUCAGCAAGAACCCCCCGCCCCCAAAAAAAUGGGAAUAUCCUUUUAACGGGUAAAAUUGUUUUGGUGGAUUGUUUUUAAAAUGUUCAGUGUCAAUAGUGCACGUUUUGGCAUUAACAAAAA